AACAAGUUCAUCUGAUCCCCUCCAAGGUUCCCUAUCAUCAUGCCUCUCACCGACGACGACCGUGAAUUCCUCAAAGUCGCCUACGACCAAGCCCUCCUCUCCUACCAAACAGACGGCAUACCCAUCGGCGCAGCCCUCGUCCAACACACCCCUGACGGCCCCAAACUCCUCGGCGUGGGACAUAACAAGCGCGAGCAGAAGGGAUCACCGAUUUUGCAUGGUGAGACGGAUUGUUUGCAGAAUAUUGGGAGGUUGAAGGCGGAGGUGUAUAGGGAGUGUACGAUGUAUACGACGUUGAGUCCGUGUCUCAUGUGUACGGGGAGUGUGUUGUUGUAUCGUAUUCCACGGAUCGUCAUCGGCGAGAACAAGCACUAUAUGGGAGGAGAGGCCCUGCUCAAGGAGCAUGGUGUGGAGGUCAUUGUGGCCGACGAUCCAGAAUGCACAGAGUUGUUCGAGAAAUUCGAGAAAGAGAAGCCAGAAUUGUGGAACGAGGACAUCGGAGAGCCCGACGGAAGCACGGUGCGCGAGAUCAAGAAGGCCUAA